AUAAAAAGUAGGUUAGGAAUUCAAAUUGGAGGCAAUUCUCUAAUUCAAAUUAAAUAAUAUAUUUUCAAAUCAAAACGAAAGCUUUGAUAUAUUCAGUCGUAUGGAUUAAAUGGAAAUUGUUCUAAAAAAAUGAAUUCAGAUGAUAUUGAAAACGGAAAUGAUGAGCGUUGUUUCAAGGAAAUUGAUGAAGUUAUCACUUUAGCUAAACUGAAACAAGAUGAUCUUAUGCCUUGCGUCCAAACCAUAUAUUUCAACGAUAGUAAUUUGGACUGUGACAAUUUGAAACUUAUUCAACUUAAUGAUACUCUAUUGAAAGACAUUGAGGAAGGACAGACGUUAGUUUUCAAAGGUGAUAUACAUGAAAAUGUAGUUCUUUGUUCAAAGACUAAAACUUACGAUGUUUGUGAAACUGAGACCUCCAACAGUUUACUUUUGUUGAACGGCAUGAAAUUCAGUGAAAGUUGUAAAAAUUGUGAUGAAAGGACAAUUUCCAAAGCGAAAGUACAUGGAAUAUUUUAUGAAUAUUUAGAAGCAGUACCAGGCAAACCUUAUCUGGGCAAACUAGAGCAAUUGCUGAGUGAAUCUGAAUAUAAAGGACCGGAACAUGAGUAUAGUAUAGACCAAAGUAAACUAUUAACUUUCGAGGAAUUGGAUAAUGUUGUACAGUGUUCAAAAAAAGAAUUACAGGAUGCUCUUGAUAAAAUGGAUAUUAUUGUAAUGGAUAAUAAAAUAAGGUUGUUGGGAUUCGAGUAUCAUUUUAGGGUUUUAUCAUAUAUGUUGAAAUUAAUAGAUGAAAACUCAUGGAAUUUAGAUGAAAUAAAUUAUGAAGUUACCAUAAAUUCACUCAAAGAAAUAAUACCAGUUGAUGUUGUGAGGAGUCUCUUUGACAAAUACACAGAAGAAUCCAAAAUAGAAGAUGAUGAAGUAUUUUAUUCAUACAAAGAAAGGGACAUAUGCAUAUUUUUCGCAAAAGUUCUUCUGUCUCAAGCAGAAAAAUUCAAUUUUGAGGAUUUCUUCCAAGCUUGGGGCGAAUCUUUACCUGAGGGAAUGUAUCCAGAUGAAGAAAUGUUAUAUGGAAUCGCUAUAAUCGAUAGAAAAACAACGCCAAAUUGUAUUUGGGCAUUUCCAGAGAAUACACUACCUGAAAAUAUCAAUGAACGCUUUAAAAUUUUAUUUCAAACAAGAGAAAAGUGGACAGUUCCAGAAAUUACACCGUAUAUUAAAAAGUUAACAACUGAUAAACUUGAUGUGAAUGCUUUAUUAGCAAAGUAUGCCAGGGCUUCUACCCAUGAUGGAGUCAAAUAUUAUGGUGCUAAGCAUGUCAAAUGAAAAAAAAAUUUAAACACUGAUUUUACAAUUGUCACUAUAAUAAAUAAUUGGAUCUA